UAUCUAUUGGUGAUGCUUUUUUGUUUCCUGGGAGAAUAAAAACUUUUGGUUCAAGUGAUUACUCACCUACUCUUUAAGUUUGGCCACUGUCUGUCUCCGGCGAACAGGAACCCCAGUAUUGUUGCUUUCGAAGCCCAUCUUUGGUUUUCCGUAAAUUAAGACGAGACUCAUAUCUUUUACUUUCGUUUGUGAUCCUUUGUAUUCCUAAUUUAUAGCUCUGAAUUUGAGGGAUAUUUAGCUAAUUUUAUAAUUUUAUUUGACAUAUUGGAAACAUUAACAUGCAUGUAUUAUUGAUAUUAAUGAAGGCUUUCGGUGUAGUUGCAGAUCCAAAGAUUACUGUAAGAGUAGUUCCUGGGUUCUGCUUUCCUUCUUCUGGGUGAGAAAUUAUCACUUGGCUCUAAAAAAAUGGUGGAAGGUGUGUCACUUAGCACUCUGAUAACAUGUGGAAAGAGCAUGCUCAGUGGACCAUUCGCUUCUUGGAGGGCAGGUUUGAAACCAUAUAAGAAGUUUCAAAUCACAUCUAUGUAUGAGAGACAUUGGGCCUGGAAUCAUAGUGUGAAGAGGUUGUUCUCAGAUCCCUCUACAUCAAGGCAUAGUGAUUUUAGGGUGGAAGCAGGGUGGAUGUUUAGUGGUGGUGAGCAAGAUUUGGGUGCACGUGUAGAGCGUAGUGAAAGUGCUAAUGAAAAUAUUUUAAUCUUCUUUUUCCAGCUAGAUCUAGCCACUCGAGUACAGUAUGCUUUAAAUAUAGAGCAGUAUGACAUUGCACAGGAACUGAGAAACAAACUUACAGAGGUUGAGGCAGAAAUCGUUAGGCAGCAAGAUGCUAAAAGGGGAUUGUCUUCAAAAAGUGAAGCUCAAGAUGCAGCUCUGCGAAUAAUAUCUCUUCAGUCAGAUCUUCAGGAUGCUAUCAAGAGUGAAGAUUAUGCCUUGGCAGCUGAAUUACGCGAUGAAAUUUCGAAACUUGAAGCACAAUCUCUGGAGGCAUCAGCUAAAGCUUUGGCAUAUGAAAAUGUGCAAUAUUCAUUCCGUUUGGGCCAGAAAGUGAAGCAUAGAGUAUUUGGCUAUCGAGCUGUGGUAUGUGGAAUGGAUCCAGUAUGCUGUGAAUCAAGUUCUUGGAUGGAGACUGCACAGGUUAAGAAAUUGUCUCGUGGUUCUACUCAGCCAUUUUAUCAGGUUCUAGUUGACGUCCGUGCUGACGUCCGUGCUGAUCCAAACAUACUGGUGGCAUAUGUUGCAGAGGAGAAUCUAUUAGCCCCUGAUCAGCCAGACAAAGGCAGUUUUGAUCAUCCCUAUAUCUCCUUUUUGUUCUAUGGGAUGGAUACAGCUGGGGAUUUCAUCCCAAUCAAGCAACUCCGUGAAAAGUACAAUAGACCACGACAUGAAGUACCUCUGGAUGAUGAGGAUGGAAAUGGAGUGUAAAUCAUCAAAUAUAUAUAUGUAAAUUGUAGGAAUCUGUAUUAUUCAUUAAUCAUGAAUACGAAUGCAUAGGAUCCACCCUAGUUUCUAAGUAAAAACCUUUGUUCUGGGUCUCUUUUUCAAGAUCAUUUGAUCGGAUUUGGAGGACUGAGGCAAGAAGCAUCUAUUUGGGUUCUUGUGCAAGGAUGGUUACUAGUAGACAAGAUCAUUCACAUAAAUUUCGUGUGAUCUUCAUUUUUCUUACCAUGGGCAUGGUAGUACUGCGAAUGGAGUUAGAAGAUUGCACAUAAUCGCCACUGAUCAUUGGUCAACGGAUUGGUGUGAUCCUUACUAUGUUUAGCAGUAAUUUCAUCGACUUCUUGGAAAACUUAGGGGAAAAUAAAGGAUUAAUACUGUUGUUGGUAUU